CCGAGACACUCCCGCCGCUCGAGCCGCAGCCCGGUUCCCCAGGCCCGGCCGAGAGCCAGCGGUGUAACGCUACUCUCCGGCGCUGCCCGCUGGGUACCACGCAGCCCGCAUGGCUGUUUCUGAGCCGUGGGGCCCCACCUGGGAGACAGAGCCCUUUUAAGAGGCUGCGGCGCCGCUCGGGGAAAGCAUCGAUCGGUGCUAUAAAGGUCCGAGCGGCGGGUGCGGUGACAGCGGGGGCGCGGCGGAGGUGGCUGCGGCAGUGCUGAUCGCCAUGGAUUUCAACGUGAAGAAGCUGGCGUCGGAUGCGGGCGUCUUCUUCUCCCGCGCCAUGCAGUUUACAGAGGAAAAGUUGGGCCAGGCUGAGAAGACUGAAUUAGAUGCCCACUUUGAAAACCUCCUGGCCAGGGCAGACUCAACUAAGAACUGGACAGAGAAGAUCUUACGCCAGACUGAAGUUCUGCUACAGCCAAACCCUAGUGCCAGAGUAGAAGAAUUCCUCUAUGAGAAACUUGACCGGAAGGUUCCUUCCCGGGUCACCAAUGGGGAGCUGCUGGCACAGUACAUGACAGAGGCAGCUAAUGACUUUGGGCCAGGGACACCUUAUGGGAAGACCUUGAUAAAAGUUGGAGAGACUCAAAGGCGCUUAGGUGCAGCAGAACGGGACUUCAUCCACUCUGCCUCCAUCAACUUCCUGACACCACUGCGCAACUUCCUGGAAGGGGACUGGCGAACCAUAUCUAAAGAGCGAAGGAUCCUGCAGAACCGCCGCCUGGAUCUGGAUGCCUGCAAAGCCAGGUUGAAGAAAGCCAAAGCUGCAGAAACAAAAGCAGCGGCUGUGCCUGACUUUCAGGAGACUAGACCUCGUAAUUACGUUCUCUCCGCCAGCGCAUCAGCGCUUUGGAGCGACGAGGUGGAAAAAGCAGAGCACGAGCUGCGGCUCACGCAGACCGAAUUUGAUCGACAGGCAGAGGUGACACGUCUGCUGCUGGAGGGGAUCAGCAGCACACACGUGAAUCAUCUUCGCUGUCUCCAUGAGUUUGUGGAGUCUCAGACCAACUACUAUGCUCAGUGUUAUCAGUACAUGCUGGACCUGCAGAAGCAGCUGGGCAGCUCCAAAGGAGAAAUAUUUUCAGGCACGUUUGUAGGGAAUGCAGAAUCCACAUCUCCACCCCCAGCUGCUGCCUCUCCUCCAGCUGUCGCUGCCGCCGCUCUCCCCGCUGUGCCUACUAUUCCAGUGGUCCCCACGAUUGUUGGGGUGCCCAAUACUGUGGCAGAGAGCGUCCUGAACCCAAAUGAAGUCAAGCCUCCUGCCAGCGGGACGCGGAAGGCCAGGGUCCUGUAUGACUAUGAAGCAGCUGACAGCACCGAGCUGGCACUUCUUGCAGAUGAGAUGAUCACUGUGUACAGCCUGCCAGGCAUGGAUCCAGACUGGCUCAUAGGGGAAAGAGGGAACCAGAAAGGGAAAGUUCCUGUCACUUACUUGGAACUGUUAAGUUAAACGUCCCCCAGGAAGAAGAAUGUACAAACAGAAUGCACCCCUCAUCUCCUGGCACUUCUAACGUGGAUUUCUUCAUCAGAGAUCAUUGCUCUCUUCAGGGUUGGCACUCCAUUGCUAAUAUGGGAAUUGUGGGGAAGAAGUGGUAAAACUGUUACAGAAAGGUUGUGGGAAAGGGCCAGUGGCACCUGAGAAUUCAUAAAUACCAGUGCAGCCUGCUUUGAGGUUAGUCUUGAUGGUGCAAGAUUCCCUGAUUACUUUUUCUACUCUGCCCUAGUCUUGUUUAUCACCAUGGCUUCCCCAGGGCCAGCACUUCUGUGUCCCUCAGCUGCUGCUCACGGAGUUUAAGUUAGCUUCCCUUGUGUUUGGUGUCAGCUAAUGCCUGUCUGCCCCUCCUCUCCUCUGUUCUUCAGCAGUAGAAAAGCCUGAGUCAAACCACUGAGCAUUCCAGUGGGAAAAUGUCCCACACAAACCCCCUCAUACAAGCUAGCUCUCAAGGAAGCUACAUUUAAGAAUUAAGAGCCAGUUAAAUCCAACAGGGAGAGCAGUAACACAAGGCUUUCUAAGAGCUGUGCUUACUCCAUUGGUGCCUGAUGGCUUCCAUUUGUACUGUCCUCUGAAGCUGGAAUGAAAUGUCUUCGAAGACCAACCUAGUGAUAUAGGGCCUGUAUGGCAGGAAUCAAACCUCAGUGCAAGGGACCAUGCAUCUUGCUUGCAUUUCCUCUGAAAAACUACUUGGACUGCAAAGAGUUUACAAGCCUUCUUACAAGCUUUGCUCCCUGUGUUAAUUGUCCUGGCUUUUCUUUCAGUGUCUGUUCCAGGCAUGUUUGAGCCUGACUUUACUUUCACCCUCGAUGGAUGUAACCAACACCUUCCCUCCCAUCUCAGCAGUGAGCAGACUUGGUGCAUCUCAGCACAGUAAGGAGCAGUCCCACUUGCUGUUACCUCCAAAGAGCCAUUCCUGGCUGCACACACAUCCAGCAGCUCAGGCUGCCCUGGUGCAUGUGCUGGGUUAGCUCAAAGGGAGUGCUAAGGUGUGUAUGCAUUUUAAUCCUAUAAUGCUCUUUUUAGCUAGAGCUCAACUGAAGGACUGCUGUUGCUGUGUAACUAGUUUUCCACUUAAGCUGGAUUGAAGAGCAAUUCACCUGCACCAGGCUUUCUGUUCACUGCCUUCCCCCCGGUAUGUCUGAACUAACUUUGCUUGUUUAUCUUUUGCACUUUCCCCAAUGGUAUUGUGACCACUCCAAUGUAACAGGGCACUGAGCACCUGUGUAUGUAGGGCUCAUAGUUUUCAGCACUUAUUUGCCAAUAAAUGAACUGCCUGAC